ACCCUAAGGAGGCACCCAUCCUGGCCGUUGCGCCCCAUUCCUCCUACUUUGAUGCCCUGCCUGUUAUCGUCAUGGGGGCUCCCAGCGUCGUCGCAAAGGGGGAGGUCGCACAAGUGCCCUUCUUUGCAAGCAGAUACGCUGGUAUAUGGGCUGUGUUGGUCGAAUGAUGAUGAGGUGCUUUGGCUGCCAGUGGAUGAAAAUAAAAGGGCGCAUUGCUACUAAAAAGGAAGCACCAAUCCUUAUUGUUGGCCCUCAUAGCAGUUUCUUUGAUUGCAUCGCAGUUUUCUGGUCCAAUGUUCCAUGUCUGGUGAACCGCAUAGAGAACCUACAGCUCCCCCUGUUUGGCAAGUAUAUUGAUUAUACGCAACCUGUAUAUGUAUGGCGUGAAGACACUAAUUCUCGACAGAACACAAUACAGGAAAUUAAGCGUCGGGCAACAAGUGAUGAGGACUGGCCGCAGGUAAUGAUUUUCCCAGAAGGGACUUGCACCAAUCGCUCCUGCCUCAUUACCUUCAAGCCAGGGGCAUUUUACCCAGGAGUGCCUGUCCAGCCAGUCCUCAUCCGCUACCCAAAUCGCACCGACUCUUUCACGUGGACUUGGGAUGGUCCGGGAGCUUUGAAGAUGCUUUGGGUCACCUUGUGCCAGUUCCAUAAUUUCUGUGAACUUGAGUAUCUCCCAGUUUAUACCCCCAGUGAGGAGGAAAAGAGAGAUGCUAAACUUUUUGCUAGCAAUGUUCGGCAGGUCAUGGCAGAUGCCCUCGGUGUGCCUGUUGCAGACUACACCUAUGACGAUUGCCGCCUAAUGCACAAGGCCAAACUGAAGAAUUUGCCUUACCAGACUGGAUUAAUUGAGUUCCAAAAGCUCCGCUGUCGCCUUGGUCUGAAUUUGAAGAAUGUUGAGGAAGAACUCCUGACUCAGUAUGCAGACAUUGCUGUCAGUGACGGCAAAAUAACUCUCUCUGACUUUGCAAAAUAUUUAGGGAUACCGGAGCAUGAACCAGCUCUUGUUGAACUUUUCCACCUUUAUGACAAGGAUAACUCUGGCACAAUAGACUUCCGUGAAUACCUCAUGGGAUACUGCCAGUACGCGCAGCCAGCUAACACAGAAGACACCCUCAAGUGGGCCUUCAAGCUCUUUGACCGUCGAGGGAAGGGCCACAUCCUCCUGGACGAUCUCAUAAAGGCUCUUCGGGCAUCUUUGGACAUGACGCCUGAGGAGACCACCAGGAUAUUUAAGCAAGCAGAUCAGGAUAGCAAAGGCUAUAUCACUUAUGAGGACUUUGAGGCCCACGCCAAGAGGAAACCUGAGUAUGCCAAGAUCUUCCUCACUUACCAAGAGAGCAUCAAGAACGGCACAAGACCUCGUUCAAUCCACCAGCCUCCUCCCGGCAAGAAGAAAGCCGACUAGAUCACAUAUCUCAUUUCUAGGGUUAAUGUUAAGUUUGUUAUAAGUGUCCAUUCGUAAUGCUUCACGUUAACGGAGAAGCAAGAUUCACUUUCACUCAUCUUGUUACGUCCCCUGCUUCCUUUUGUUAUUUCUUUUCUUUUUCUUUUCCUUGUUUUUUAUUUUUAUUUUUCUCUCUCCCUUUUUUUUCUUGUAUUUUCUUUUCCCUUUCCUUUUCAUGGCCUUUCUUGUGUUUAAGAAAGAAUGAGAAUUUAAUUCAGCACAUACAAUUUAAGGGUCAUUUGUAUUUAUUAGUUUUAUGUGUAAAAGAAACAUUAAUUUUUCUUAUCUAUUAAAGAACUGAUCAUCAGUGCUUAUUACCUUUUCAUGGAAUUUUCAACCUUUUUAUAAUUUUAUGGUUAAGCGGAUGAUAAGUGGUUAUUUGAGAUUUUUAAUAUGCACUACAACAAAGUUUAAGAAAUGGUUUUAUUUUAGCAACUUAUUACUUGAUGAAAUAAGAAACACAAAUUUUGUUUGAUAAUGGCAAAGAAAUUUAAUGUUUUCUUUUUUUAAGACUUCAUGCUAGGUGUGUUGUAAAUAUUUGCAGAAAGAUGUGGUGUAGUAAUUAUUCUACGUUUUUAUUUUCAUUUAUUUUCAUUUUUUUUUUUUUUUUUUUUUUUUUCUGUUUUGCAUUUUUUUGUUUUUGAUAAUGCCUCCAUUUCCAAUUGUACAUAUGUUGGUAUUUCCCCUAUGUAGAGUUUUAUUUGCCAGUUUCCUCGACCUGUUUUUUUUUUUUCUUUCUUUCUCAUCUGAUGCAUGAAUGUGUGUGUGUUAUGUUAUUUUGUGUAGAAUGAUAAAAAGGUACAGAACUUUGCUAUUCCUUGUUUGUAGCAACGCAUAAUAAUUUGGCAUCCCCCCCCCAAUCCCACCCCUAAUAGAACAGUAGAUUAAGCUCAGAUUUCUUCCUCUGUGGACAGGUUAUGAAAGGAAAUUGUGUAAAUUUUGUAUCGGAUUGUCCCCCUUUAUGUUACGGAGAUAUUCAAUUUACCAUUUAUGUUACAAGUAGUCUAAUGCAUUCUUGACAUGUAAAUACCUUGUCUUCGUUUAAUCAGAAUCGGUCACCUUUACCGAAUCCUAAUUGUUUUCAUACAACUUUUUUACCUCUACAAGUAUUUCUAGUAAGUUAUUUGUCAUUAUCAUGAGCUCUGACCUUUAUUUGAAUGAUUAUCAAUAAUUGUGUCUCCUUCGACAAGAUCCAUGUGAUGAUUUGGUAUUAUGAUGACACAUGCAAGCAUUAAGUUCGCACUCCUUGUGUAAACUUUCCCUUGACAUGUCUUCCACCAUAUUCAGUGAGUGAUAAUAAGAAUAUCAUUAGCAUCAUGUAAGUAAAGGACUAGCCGUUACUGUAGCAAUUAUAUGCAAUUGUAACUCGUGAUUUUAAAGGAGUAUUUAGAAGAAGAUAGAGUAAAAUAGUAUUCUGCUAUGUAAAAAGUGUUAUAGUGGGAAAACUCACUAGUGAGAUUAGACCAGAAGCACUGCAUGGGAACGAAUACUUUACUUUCAGUACUCUCAGAAACCGUAGCAUCCCAUUAACUGUAUCAGUUAUGGAUUAAUCAUAUUGCUAUAGUUUACCAUUUUGCUUGCCUAUCAUGUACGACCCCUUAGUUUGGUGAUAGUACUAGUGAGUUUGAGCCAGCAACAGGAAAAACUUUAAAAACGUUCAUUGUCCAGGAAUAUGUGAUUAGAUAUAUAAGUAUUUAUUCCUACAAAAUGAGGUCUCAACUACAAUUUUUAUUCUCAUGGUUGUUCUCAGGAACCAAGUGAUGUGAAAUGAGCUAUUGGUGUCUUUGAAUGUUUCAGGUUACCAGCUCUAUUUCUUUCUUUUUUUCACUCUUUUUUUCCGAACUUUUCUUUCCAAUCAAAAUGAUUCAUUCGUUGGGAAGGGAGGGGAUAUAAAAUAUACCCUGUGUCAAGGAAGGACUUGUAAAUACUUUUUUUAUACAAAUCAUUAUUGCUGAAGAGGGGGAAUAAUGUAAUGUUUAAAAUAUACAUAAUAGAAACUAGGUUAAGUCAGUACUGUGAAAGUUUCCCUCACAAAAGGUCGACUGUACGUUAAUGGAUGGAAUGUGCAUGCAUGUGUGAAUGAGAGCAGUUUUUGCUGGCAAAAACCAGGCAAAAACUCGAUCUAAGCUGCCAUGAUGAUUGCUCUUCCCUGUUAUAUAAAUAUUUUGUAAUUGCUUCCAGACACUUGUAAAUAGAAAGACUGUACUGAAAACUAACCUAUACUGUUUGUUAUCAAUGCCCAUCUUACAGAGAAGAUUUAGUAUUGUUGAUUGCAUUUUUGAAUUUUUAAGAGGUUUUGAUUGACUGUAUUUUGUGGUCUAGGAAACAAGGAGAGUUGUGUAAUGCUUGCCUUGGUAUUGUUUUAGAGGCAUAAGGUUGUAUUUCUAAAUUCCACCACUCAUGAAAAGGGAAUUGCAGAAUAUCGUUUUGAUUUGUUUUUGUUUUUGCCGUGUAUGGUUUAUUUAUUUAGUUUAUUUUAUGUGUAAAACAAAAAGGACAUAAGUGAUCACAAUAUAAGAAGAAAGUAUUUGGCAAAAUGUUUUAUCCGGUGGGAUAAAAAAGAAAAUUCUUUAUUUAAUUGAAAAGUGAUAAAAUAAUUAGUGAAGUUAUUGAUCAAUUUACAUGGAGAUACAACAGGUAUAAUAAUUCAGUUGUAUGUGCACAAUAAGCCAAGAUUACAGGACAAAUGUUAUGUAAUGAUAAUAGAUAUGAUUAUGUAAGGUUAAGCUUAGAUAACCCAAAUGACUUAGCAGGAAAGAAUAUAUUUGCAAUUAUGGGAAGGACUUAUACCCUCGGAUUAACUAAUGUAAAUUGGUAUUUACUAAUAUCUUGUGAUUUAAACUUAUUGUGUGAUUUGAAAUAAAAUUGACAGUACACA